GACAGCCUCACAUGAACUUCCGGAACCCUUUGGAGUACUGCUUUCUUCCUAAGUGACCAAGAGGAACAGAACACCGAGCAGCCUGGCAGUGUCCAAGCCACAAGCCGCUGCUCCUCCUUCCUGUACCCUGGGGCUCGUGAAACUCACCUGGGUGAAAAAGAUACAGUAAAGAGAUAAAUACAACAUUUGACAGAUGGACAAAAAGGAGUGUCAUGAAGAGAGUAGCAGCAGUGAUGAAGAGCUGUGGAGACGGAUCCCAACCUCCAGCGUAUCAGAAGACCAGGAAUCUUCAGAAGAACAAGUUUCAGGAGCUGUUUACUCAGAAAUGCAUCAGAUGAUUUCCUCUAUUUAUGCUGAACUCCAUUUUAUGUUCAAACAAGAUUAUAAAUAUGAUCAGUUUCUGGGGCCUGAAGGAAAUGUGGAUGUUGAGUUGAUCAAUAAGAGUGCAAACAAAUACAGCCUUCGGUUCCCCACUGCUGGCUGGUAUCUGUGGUCGGCCACCGGCCUCGGCUUCGUGGUAAGGGAUGCGGUCACGGUGACGAUUGCGUUUGGUUCCUGGAGUCAGCACCUGGCCCUGGACCUGCAGCACCAUGAACAGUGGCUGGCGGCCGGCCCCUUGUUUGCUUUCACUGCAGAGCCAGAGGAGGCUGUGGCCAAAAUCCACCUCCCCCACUUCAUCUCCCUCCAAGGUGAGGUGGACGUCUCCUGGUUCCUCGUGGCCCAUUUUAAGGAUGAAGGGAUGGUCCUGCAGCGUCCAUCCCGGGUGGAGCCUUUCUAUGCUGUCCUGGACAACCCCAGCUUCUCCCUGAUGGGCAUCCUGCUGCGGAUCGCCAGGGGGACGCGUCUCUCCAUCCCCAUCACCUCCAACACGUUGCUCUAUUUUCACCCCCAUCCCGAAGACAUUAAGUUCCACUUGUACCUUGUCCCCAGCGACGCCUUGCUGACGAAGAUGAUAGAUGAUGAGGAAGAGCGCUUCUGUGGUGUGCGUCUACAGACUUCACCCUCAAUGCAACCCCUGACCUUUGGUGCCCAUUAUAUUGUGUCUAAUUCUGCUCAUCUGGAAAUAAUACCCACGGAGUUGAAAUUGUCCUACAGGAGCCCUGGAGAAAUCCAGCCCUUCUCGAAAUUCAAUGCUGGGCAGAUGAAGGAACCCAUUCAACUUGAAAUUACUGACAAAAGACAUGGGACUUUGGUCUGGAAGACUGUGGUGAAGCCAGUGGAUAUCCAGCUUGGAGCUGCAUCAGCCCCUCGUACCUUCUCAGGUGCAGCCUUUGUGAGGGAGAACCACCGGCAACUCCAAGCCAGGAUUGGGGACCUGAAAGGGGUGCUCGAUGAUCUCCAAGACAAUGAGGUUCUCAGUGAGAAUGAGAAGGAGCUGGUGGAGCAGGCAAAGACACGGCAGAGCAAGACCGACGCCCUGCUGAGCAUGGUGGAGAAGAAAGGGGACCGGGCCUUGGAGCUGCUCUUCAGAAGCCUUAGUGAAAGGGACCCUUACCUCGUGUCCUAUCUUAGACAGCAGAGUUUGUAAAGGGAGUCAGUCCGAGAGUGUGGAAGAGAGAAUCCAGCGUUCUCAUUGGAAAUGAAUGAGUAGAGAUGCAUCCUUGAUUCCAGUGUCCAAAACAGAGGAGGGCUGGGUCACAUUUGCCCGUCACACAGGCUUUGGGGACAGAUACGUGACCUGGAAGACACCCAUGGGCUGUAUCCCCAUGCCUUUCCCUCAAGAAUAUCUGAAGAAAAUAACAAUCGUGCUUUUAAAUCUUUUCUAACCAUGGCUCGAUAUAUGACUGUUCCAUCCAUUGACACGUUUCCCGAAGACCCAGGGUGAGUAAGUCAAAGCAGUUGUGUUUAUACAUGAUAGGCUCCAGAAAGGAAAAUUCUCCUGAUGAACCUGAAAACCAGCUUUUAUGGACGCUCUGUUUGAUGUCUCACCAUUCCACCACAAAAAGCAGGAACGCGAACAAAACCUCUCAAUCGAAGAGACUCAAGGUAUUUCUUAAUGGUAGUGGUUUUAUAUACGUUGUUCCUUUAACAUUUUAUCUAUUGCUGUUAUUACUAGAAUAAUGUAAGUACGUUAUUCUACAAGUACCCGGGAGGUGGAGGCUGCAGUGAGCCGAGGUCGCACCAUCACAUUCCAACCUGGGCGACAGAUGGAGACUCCAUCAAAAAAAAAAAAACAAAAAA